UUUCUUGUACUAAAUAUUUCCUUUGUUUUGACUGCUCUAAUUAAACAAGAACCAUCUUUCUUGCACUAAACAUUUUUUCUCAGGGAAGUAAUGCAAAGAACACUCUUCAGAGCACUUGAAAAUCACUUCCAAAAUUACAAUCUUUUUCUUCUUUCUCCCUCCUCUACCUCUAAAACCCCAAUCAGCUUUACCCGUAGAAACCAUACUCAUGAUACUGGAGUGGAAUUUUCUGGGGUUCGCGAAACAAUCAGAUGGGAAACCAACCCAGAUGGUUUUACAUUGGUACAGAUGAUUCGAAACUGUAUCAAUCAUAGAUAUGUUUCUCAUGGAAAACAGCUUCACUGUUAUGCUUUGCAAUCUGGGUUUGCUUCAAAUGUCUACGUUAAUACAGCUUUGGUUAGCUUUUAUGCCAAAGUUGUGUCUUUGGAUGAUGCACACAAACUGUUUGAUGAAAUGUCUCAACCAAAUGUUGUCUCUUGGAAUUCUAUAAUUUCUGGGUAUGUACAUUCUGGGAAUUUGUAUAAAGCUCUAUCACUCUUCCUUGAGCUUAAUCAAUCUGACCUCCUACCUGAUGCAUACUCUUUUACUUCUGCAUUAGCUGCGUGUGGUCAGUUGAGUUUGCUGCUAUUAGGAAUGUCCAUACACUCGAGAAUAAUUCUUUAUGGACUAGAAUCAAGUGUUGUUGUGGCAAAUUGUUUGAUUGAUAUGUACGGGAAAUGCAGUUCUGACGAUGGUGCAAUUCAUGUGUUCAAUGAGUUGAAAUACAAGGAUGUAAUUUCAUGGAAUACAGUUAUUGCAGCGUGUGCCAGAAAUCGAAGGCUAGAACUAGCAUCUGACUACUUUUAUCAGAUGCCUUACCCUGAUACCGUCACAUAUAAUGAAAUGAUUAAUGGUAUUUCACAGUUUGGCGACAUAGAUGAAGCUAUUAAGAUAUUGAAGAGCAUGCCAAACCCGAAUUCAUCAUCAUGGAACGCGAUUAUAUCAGGAUACGUGGUAAAAAACAGAGCAUGGGAAGCUCUUAAUUUUUUCACUCAAAUGAAAGCAAGAUCAGUAGUUAUGGAUGAAUUUACAUAUUCAAGCAUUUUGAGUGGGAUUGCGUGUAUUUCAGCUCUACGGUGGGGUACAUUACUCCAUUGUUGUGUUAUUAAACAAGGUUUGGUUACUUCGAUGAUGAUCGGGAGUGCACUAGUAGACAUGUACUCGAAAUGUGGGCAGGUAAAAGAUGCAGAAAUGUUGUUUCAGUUCAUGCCCAGAAAAAACAUUGUUACUUGGAAUGCAUUAAUAUCUGGUCUUGCAAAUAAUGGGGAAUCACACAAGGUAGUUCAAUAUUUCGAGGAGUUGAAAGAUGCAAAGGGAUUGAAACCCGAUGAUAUCACUUUCGUGAAUGUUUUGGCAGCUUGUUCGCAAUGUCAAAUGCCAUUGGAGAGAGCUUACGAGUAUUUGAUCUCCAUGAACGAUGAUUAUGGAAUUAAACCAAAGCCUAAUCAUCUAGCUUCUAUUAUUAGACUUAUGGGACACCAUGGACAGCUAUGUAAAGCUGAAAGUAUGAUUUAUGAAUUAGGGUUUGGGUCAUGCCCGUCUGUUUGGCGGGCUUUGCUUGGUGCUUGUGGAGCUUGUGGGGAUUUGGAUGUUGCCAAGGUUGCAGCUGCAAAGUUGAGAAGAUUAGAGGAUAAUGAGGUCGGGUAUGUAAUUUUGUCGAACAUAAACAAAGAUCGAGGCAAUUGGGUUGAUGCAACUGCUGUUUGGGAUCUGAUGAGAGAUGAAGGGGUGGUAAAAGAAGCUGGCUUUAGUCGAAUAUAGAAGGGAGAAAGUUCAAACAAAGACAGAGUAACGAGAAGCUGAGAAAUGUGUUCCUUGUGAUAAUGCACCGGAUUUUUACGCUUUGGUGGUGUAUUUUUUAUGUGAAUCUGUGAUGGAAGAUGAGAACUCCCAAAUUUUGUUCCUUGUUACAUUAAUUCUGUUAGGGGGCGUUUGGUUGGUGGUAUUCAGGAAAGUGAAAGGGAAAAGGAAUCAACACCUCUCAUUCCCUUUGUUGUUCUUUGUUUGUCCAUUUCAAUCAUUCCCUUUAUCCCUCUCAUUCCCCAAUUUUCCUCUACCAUGAUUCUCCACCCCCCUAGGGUAUCAUUCUUACCCCCAAACUCCUCUUCAACUCAUCUUCCUUGACCAACAUUGACCAACUUAUACACCACACCACCACCCAUCUCCAACACUACAACCACCCCGAAAUCAACCAACCACAACCACAAGCAACCACCCUAAAAACAACCACCACCCACAAUCGCCCCGAAACCAGCCACCACCACCCACAACCUCCCCGAAACCAACCACCACCACCCGCAACCACCCCGAAACCAACCACCACCACCCGCAACAACCCCGAAACAAACCACCACCACCCGUCAUCAAAACCAAAGGGAGGAGAGAAAAGGAGAGAGAACGUGGCGGUGGGCGGAGGGAGAAGGAGAAAUAAGGGUCGCGAUAGGAGGGAGAUGGAGAGUGAAGGACGGCGGGAGGAGGAAGAAACGACGGCGACAGAAGGAUGGAGAAACCGCAGAGGCUGGAGGAGGGAGAAACGACGUCGGCGCAAAGAGGGAGAAACGGCAGAGGUUGGAGGAGGGAUAAACGACACCUGCGGGAGGAGGGAGAAAUAGCAGCGGCGGGAGGAAAUUGACGGCGGCAGGAGGAGGGAGAAAGAGAGAGAAGGAGAAGAAGGAGGGAGAAAAGUGAAGGGAAUGAAAUCUCACCCAAACAACUUAGCAAAUCAAAGGGUUUUUCAUUCCUUUCCCCUUCUUUCCUUUUGUUGAUUCCAUUCCGUUUACCCUGUUCAAACCAAACGUCCCCUUAGGAUUUAGGAGUGGUCUCAGCCUGAAGGGCACGUUUAAGGAUCAAGCAAAGAGACAGUGAGGGAAACUCAUUAAAGAUGGAUGUGGGCCGUGUGAGCCGGGCCGGUCCCAGGCCCCUGACACAAAAAAAAAAGCCCGGCCUAGCCUGAGCACAAAAUCGUGGCCCGUGAUUUUUGGAAAAUUCACGACAAGGGUCCGAAGUUGAUUUGCACUGAAGAAAAUGCUGGAGCUCUACAAAUAGUUAGACUUGUGACUUGUGAGAGUGAAAUGAACCGUGGGUUUGAACUACGAGCAGAAGUCUGCAAGAGGAGAAUGAAAUGAAGUUCUCUAUUUGAAAGAUGAAUUGGGUUUGUUUAGAAAAACAACUGUGAUGGAUGGAAAGAGUGACUUCAAAAUAUUUCUCCAGAUGAAAGAAUAAUGUAAUUUCUUAACAAGGUUAAAACAUCUAUCUAUCAAAAUUCUUACUUUCUCUUCAUCUAAAAGCCAAUUCUAGUUUUGAACAAGGACAUAUU